ACGGCCAUGUGACGUCAGACGCACGCCGUGCUAUUCCCGCCCCUUGCUCUCGCGAGAUUCUGCGCCUUGGCCUGAGAUCUCGCGAGAUGAGUGGGCCGGUGUGUUCUGUCAGUUCUCCAGCCGGCGGGAUCUCGCGAGACUUGGCGCAGUGAGUGCAGUUGGCCUGCGCGCUCCUCUCUGCUCCCGGCACCGGCUCUCCGCGGAGGGACCCGGCUCCCAGGCAGCAUGGCGUCCGCACUGGAGCAGUUCGUCAACAGCGUGAGGCAGCUCUCCUCACAGGGGCAAAUGACCCAACUGUGUGAACUCAUUAACAAGAGUGGGGAGCUGCUGGCAAAGAAUCUGUCUCAUCUGGACACCGUCCUGGGGGCUUUAGAUGUUCAGGAACAUUCUCUGGGGGUCCUUGCAGUUUUGUUUGUCAAAUUUUCCAUGCCCAGUAUUCCUGACUUUGAGACAUUAUUUUCUCAAGUCCAGCUCUUUAUCAGCACUUGCAACGGAGAGCACAUUCGAUAUGCGACCGACACGUUUGCUGGUCUGUGCCAUCAGUUAACAAAUGCACUUGUGGAAAGGAAGCAGCCCAUGCGAGGAAUCUGUGUCCUGAGGCAAGCCAUAGACAAGAUGCAAAUGAAUACAAACCAGCUGACCUCAAUUCAUGCAGACCUUUGCCAGCUUUGUUUGUUAGCAAAAUGUUUUAAGCCUGCACUCGCUUACUUAGAUGUAGACAUGAUGGACAUCUGCAAAGAAAAUGGUGCGUAUGAAGCAAAGCCAUUCCUGUGCUAUUACUACUAUGGUGGGAUGAUCUACACAGGCUUGAAGAACCUAGAGAGGGCGCUUUAUUUCUACGAGCAGGCUAUUACAACUCCAGCCAUGGCUGUUAGUCACAUUAUGUUGGAGUCUUAUAAAAAAUAUAUUCUAGUUUCCUUGAUUCUCUUGGGAAAGGUUCAACAACUACCUAAAUAUACCUCGCAGAUUGUGGGCAGAUUCAUUAAGCCUCUUAGCAAUGCCUACCAUGAGCUAGCACAAGUAUAUUCAACAAAUAACCCAGCAGAGCUCCGAAACCUGGUGAACAAACACAGUGAAACUUUUACAAGGGACAAUAACAUGGGUUUGGUGAAACAAUGCCUGUCCUCUCUCUACAAGAAGAACAUUCAGAGGCUCACUAAGACUUUCCUCACCCUCUCAUUACAAGACAUGGCCAGUCGAGUGCAGUUAUCUGGGGCUCAAGAGGCUGAAAAAUAUGUUCUACACAUGAUCGAAGAUGGAGAAAUCUUUGCUAGUAUUAAUCAGAAGGACGGGAUGGUGUGUUUUCACGACAACCCAGAGAAAUAUAACAAUCCUGCUAUGCUUCACAAUAUUGAUCAGGAGAUGCUACGCUGUAUAGAUCUUGAUGACAGAUUGAAGGCAAUGGAUCAAGAAAUCACCGUGAACCCUCAAUUUGUUCAGAAGAGCAUGGGCUCUCAGGAUGACGACUCAGGAAGCAAACCAUCUAGUUACUCGUGAAGGGAAGAUCUCACCGCACGUCCUCUCUCUACAGUGGAUUAUCACCUGCAACAACUUCAGAAUUCAGCAUCAAAUAUGUCUUGAAAUAAAGGAGCAGAGAGAAUUAAGACCUGCCUGGACAUUUAACUAAAAAUGGAAAGCAAAUAUUUAUGAUGUUUUUCUCUCCGUUCUGUAUGCGCUCACAGUUUAAGGAAAGGAAAACAAUAAAGUCUGUUGUGAAUUUAUAACCGGAAA